AUGGGCUAUAACCACGUGUUUUACUCAAAAAUACAUCAGUACUUAGUUAGAUAUUCUAAUGAUUACAAUAAAAAGCAUUUUUCAUUCUAUUUUAUAUAUGGUAUAUUGCAUUAUUUUCGUGAUCUCAUUGCUGCCGUCAAUACACAUCAAAUACUGUCAAAGUUUCAAUUGAUUGCAGGCAAUCCAAUAAUUAGUAAUAAUAUGCUGAAAUUAAGAGUAUAA